GAAGAAGAAGAAAAAGAAGGAGCAAACAUUUCCACUGCGUCUACAAAUCUGUGUACGCGACCAAUAAACCUUGAUAUGAUCGAUAGUCGCCAACUUGACAAAAGCGAUCCGCUCGAACGCGCCCUUCAGUUGAAGUGGUAACGUGACUUUUUGUUGAUACACGAGUUCACCAGAGGAGUAAAACGUAGUUAUAUUUUAGUGGUUUUGUUUCUGUAUAUAGCAAAGACUUUACGUAGAACUCAAGCAUUCGAGUCUUUGUGAUAGUUAUGUAGCUAUUUGAACGAUAGUAGACAUCUGCUAUCCUUGGUCGAUUCGUCCAAUCUGUCCCAGUGCUAAUGCUAGCUAGCUAGCACAGUGCUCUCUCUCUUAUCUUUUGUGUUGUUUCGGCUGCAGUCACUUUCUCUGACAUGGCUUCGCCUGCACCUGGAUCGGGAUUCCAGAACAAAAACCGUGUUGCCAUUUUGGCUGAACUGGACAAGGAGAAGAGACGCUUGAUACAAAACUCCUCCAUGAAUAACCCUGGAGCCAGUAUCCCUCUGUCCAGACCAGCCCUGAAUAAAGACUUCAGAGACCACGCAGAGCAGCAGCACAUCGCUGCCCAGCAGAAAGCAGCUCUGCAGCACGCCCAUGCUCACUCUUCUGGAUUCUUCAUCACUCAAGACUCGUCCUUCGGGAACCUGAUCCUCCCGGUGCUGCCACGUCUAGACCCGCCUCCACCGGCAGAAUAACAGAAAGAAACUGCAAAAACACCCAACGACUAAAAGCAGAUUUACAGAUCACCUGUCAGGUGUUGACGAAUGGCAGCGGGCCGCAGAUCACCUGUCGGGUGUUGACGAAUGGCAGCAGAUCACCUGUCGGGUGUUGACGAAUGGCAGCAGAUCACCUGUCGGGUGUUGACGAAUGGCAGCAGAUCACCUGUCGGGUGUUGACGAAUGGCAGCGGGCCGCAGAUCACCUGUCGGGUGUUGACGAAUGGCAGCAGAUCACCUGUCGGGUGUUGACGAAUGGCAGCGGGCCGCAGUCAUUUGUCCAACGGUUCUGUUGAAUUGCCACCGUUCGUCGACACCCGGCAGAUCAUCCGUUCGUCGACACCCGGCAGAUCAUCCGUUCGUCGACACCCGGCAGAUCAUUCGUUCGUCGACACCCGGCAGAUCAUUCGUUCGUCGACACCCGGCAGAUCAUUCGUUCGUCGACACCCGGCAGAUCAUUCGUUCGUCGACACCCGGCAGAUCAUUCGUUCGUCAACACCCGGCAGAUUAUUCGUUCGUCGACACCCGGCAGAUCAUUCGUUCGUCGACACCCGGCAGAUCAUUCGUUCGUCGACACCCGGCAGAUCAUUCGUUCGUCGACACCCGGCAGAUCAUUCGUUCGUCGACACCCGGCAGAUCAUUCGUUCGUCGACACCCGGCAGAUAAUUUUGUGCGCACGGCCGACGUUCAUUCUGGUGUUUUCUCCUUAACAGAAAUAGUGACAACACAGACUUUGUUACAAGUUUCUCUCUAGGACUUUCUGAACAAGGUCUUGGAUUAUUAGUUGAAGCUAAGGGUCAUAUUAUUUCUGUCUAUUUUUUUUGGUAUGGUUCACUGUACAUCAUGUGGUUUUGAAAGACAAUGUCAUUUUUCUAACAUUUUUUUUAUAAAUGAAAAAAAUAAAUCAAAUAAAGAUUAAGUCAACAGCAA